UAAAACCAAGUCCUGUGCUGGGGAGGACUUGAAUUAAAAGAUAUGCAUCUGUGUUCUACAAAAUCAACGACAUUUCAAAUUUUUACAAAUUAUUUUAAAUGUUUUUGGCGACGAGAAUUCGCUGCUCAACAGUCCCAAAUCCAACACCAUUCUCCUCCACAUUUCGAUCCUUAUACUUAUGGAGCUUUGCUUCGAAAUUGUAUCCAAACCGGUGACUUGUACACAGGCAAAGCCCUUCACUCUCAGAUUUUAAAGAAGGGUAAUUGCCUCGAUUUGUUUGCCAACAACAUUCUCUUGGACUUCUAUGUUAAAUCAGAUUUUAUAUGUGAUGCAAGCAAACUGUUCGACGAAAUGCCUGAUAGAAAUACAAUAUCGUUUGUUACUCUAAUUCAGGGAUAUGGGCAGUCUUUUGAAUUGGAUCAAGUAACUGGGUUGUUCUCUAGGUUACAUGGAGAGGGUCAUGAGCUGAAUCCUUUUGUUUUUACUACAAUUUUGAAGCUGCUAGUUAGUCUGGAGUGUGCAGAGUUGGGGUUUUGUAUUCAUGCUUGUAUUCAUAAACUUGGCCAUAACUCUAAUGCGUUUGUUGGGACUGCUUUAAUCGAUUCUUACGAUGUUUGUGGUUAUGUUGAGAGUGCAAGGCAAGUUUUUGAUGAAAUUGCUAACAAUGACCUGGUUUCUUGGACUGGGAUGGUGGUUUGUUACGCUGAGAAUCGUUGUUUUGAAGAUUCGUUGAGGCUAUAUUCUGAGAUGAGAAUGGCAGGGUUUGAACCGAACCAUUUUACUUUCUCGGGUGUGCUCAAAGCUUGUAUCGGAUUGCAGGCUUUUAAGUUGGGGAAAGGUAUUCAUGGCUGUGUUCUAAAAACCUGUUACCAGAAGGAUCUUUAUGUUGGUGUCGGGUUGCUUGACUUGUACACUGAGUCUGGAGAUGCAAAUGAUGUUUUACGGGUGUUUGAGGACAUUCCUAAAAAUGAUGUGAUUCCUUGGAGUUUUAUGAUUUCACGCUAUGCUCAGAGCAACCAGAGCAGUGAGGCUUUGGAGCUGUUUGCUCAGAUGAGGCGAGCUUUUGUUCUUCCAAAUCAGUUUACAUUUGCUAGUGUGUUGCAAGCAUGUUCUAGUAUGGAGAAUCUUCACUUAGGAAAGCAAAUACAUUCCCAUGUGCUUAAGGUUGGCUUGGACGGAAAUGUGUUUGUGUCAAAUGCUCUGUUGGACGUUUAUGCUAAAUGUGGGAUGUUGGAAAACUCAGUAAAAUUAUUUCUGGAACUGUCAAAUAAAAAUGAGGUGACAUGGAAUACAAUCAUUGUUGGCUAUGUGCAGUCAGGAGAUGUAGAAAAGGCAUUAAGUUUAUUUAAAAAUAUGAUUGAAUGCCAAUUUCAGGCUACAGAAGUAACAUACUCUAGCGUUCUCCGUGGUUGUGCCACUUUAGCAGCUUUGGAGCUAGGAGUUCAGAUUCAUUCAUUGUCAGUAAAAACCAUUUAUGAUAAGCAUGUUGUGGUCGGUAAUGCUUUAAUUGAUAUGUAUGCUAAGUGUGGAUGUAUUAAACAUGCACGCUCAGUGUUUGAUAUGCUGUCUGAACUUGAUGAAGUUUCGUGGAAUGCUAUGAUCUCAGGAUAUUCUAUGCAUGGUCAAGUUGGUGAAGCUUUAAAAUUAUUUGAGAUGAUGCAGGAAACUGAUUGUAAACCUAAUAAGUUAACCUUUGUCGGAGUCCUAUCAGCAUGUAGCAAUGCAGGAUUGUUCGAUAAAGGACAAUUUUAUUUCAAAUCUAUGGUACGGGAUUAUGGCAUCGAGCCGUGCAUGGAACACUAUAGUUGUAUGGUCUGGCUGUUAGGGAGAGCAGGGAAUCUUGAUAAGGCUGUAAAAUUGAUCGAAGAAAUCCCAUCUGAGCCCAAUGUUAUGGUGUGGCGUGCUUUACUCGGUGCUUGCGUCAUCCAUAACGAUGUUGAUCUAGCUAGUAUAUCUGCACAACGCGUUCUUCAUAUAGAUCCCCAAGAUGAGGCAACUUAUGUGUUGUUGUCAAACAUUUAUGCCACGUCAAGGAGGUGGAAAAGUGUUGCUUCUGUUAGGAAAGUUAUGAAAGAUAAAGGAGUGAAGAAAGAACCGGGAUUAAGUUGGAUCGAGAACCAGGGCACGGUUCAUUACUUCUCUGUGGGUGAUACUUCACAUCCUGACAUGAAAAUGAUUAACGGGAUGCUUGAGUGGUUGAACAUGAAAGCCACGAGGGCAGGUUAUGUUCCGAAUCUGAAUUCUGUUCUUCUUGAUGUGGAAGACAAUGAAAAGAUGCGGCGUUUGUGGGUACACAGUGAAAGACUAGCAUUAGCUUUCAGUUUAGUUAGAACUCCAUCUGGAGGAGAUAUUCGCAUACUUAAAAAUCUGCGAAUAUGUGCAGAUUGUCAUUCUGUAAUAAAGUUAAUAUCAAAGAUCGUGGAGCGAGAUAUAAUCAUCAGAGAUAUGAACAGGUUCCAUCACUUUCAGGAUGGAAUUUGUUCUUGUGGUGACUACUGGUGACACAGAAGAUUGCUUUAGGUGGCUGUUUUUCAGGUGCAUAAAAAAGUGGCUGUUCAUUGUGCGGCUUCAAAUGUUCUUGCAACUUUGGCAUUCAAAGGGACGAUAUGCUAUUCCAACCAGCAAAAGGAAGUCCAUG